AAAAAAAGAAAAAAGAAAAAAAAAACUCAAUAAGGCUAGUUUUAUAAAAUUCUUUAGUUAGAUCUAGAUGAUGCAAUGUGUUAGGAAAAUCUUGUCCGAUUGAAAUUAGAGAGGAAGGACAAGUUUAGGGGCCAAGGACUAGACUCGAGAAUUGCAAGAAAGGUCAGCUUCCAAAUUUCAUUAUCAUCAUCAUGAAUGAAAGAGCGAGUGAGCAAUCAGCAGAUGGAAUAGCAGAUCUUCUCUUGUAUCCCCCUCCGCAGGUUAAAGUGCAAGAAAAUAUAUCUAGGGAGAUAUACUUGGUGCGACCUCCUGGACGAAAUGGACAAUUCCCUUUGCAGAACCCAAGUGGAGCAGUCUGUCAGGUCCCUAGUCCAGAAGAUGGAGCUCGAAGAACUGAUCUUUCUCAGUUCUCGACACCUUCCACAACUCAAAUCAGAACUUUGGCCGUAAGUGGAGUGAUUGUUAAGGUCGUUAACAGUGAAGGUGGAUCUCAAAGUGUUAUAGCCCCAACCACGUCUACAUCUUCUACCACCUCCACACAAAGCCGGUUGAAAAUUCAAACUAACGUUGUGGCUGUUACAUCUGUAGCACCAACAACAGAAGAUGCUGAGGUCAAUAACUCAAAUGUGAGAACUGGACAAGAGAAUUUGAAGGUUGUAACUACAACACCAGCAGCUGAGAAUGCUACGCCUGAUAGCUCAAAUGUGGGAUCUGGUGGAUGCCCACCUGUUGGAAUUACAGCACCAACAAUUGAAGAUCUUGCGGCCCAGAACUUAACACCAACAAUUGAAGAUGUUGCUGCCCAGAACACAAAUGUUGGAACCCAAACACUAGCAACUGAAAAUGCUACGCUUGAUAGCUCAAAUGUUGUCGUUGAAAAAUCAAUAGUUGAAAAGGGUGCCCCAGAUAACCCAAAUGUUGAAACUGGAGUACCAGCAAGUGAAGAAGUUGUGCCCAAUAACCCAAAUAUGAGAAGAGUCACUGAUGAGAGCAGUCAAAAUUUUGAAGAAGCCAACAAGAAGGAACAGAAUUCUGAAGACCAAACUGUCGAAGAAAAAUGUUUGCAUGAGAAUAAUGCUCGAAAGACGGAGGAAAAGGAGGUCAAAGGCACGUCCGUUAAUUGUUGGUUUUGCUUUUGCUACGCGGAGGGAUAAGAAAGAAUACCAUUGCCCGUUGCAGUUUGGAGGAAUUGUUGGUUUUCAGUUCCAAGACUCUUUUUCUCACUAAAGAUUUUGUGGGUUUUUGAUCAAAUUCAUUGGAGUUUUUUUUUUUUUUUUUAUGAAAUCUUUAACUUGUUUGGAUAUCAAAGGCAAAUCUCCUCCUUUGCUCCUUGUAUCAUCUUUAUUGGGCUUGAGCCUCAGACUCGACCAAUUUCUGUGAAUUAAGUCAAGCAAAUGUGUGAGGUUAUCAUGUGAA